UUCUCAUUUCUCUUUACCAAUAUUUCUAGCUUUUCACUGCUAUCUCUAGCGCCAACUAGUAUUUUCAGUCUCUCUUUUUGUAUUUUGUCUUCAUGUCCACACUGCAAGUCGGAUUCCUAUUUGUUAUCCGGGACUUAAGUUACUCACAGUAUGAAUCCGAAUGAGGACGUUCUUGGUGCGUAUAGAGAUAUUACUGGAAGGCUCAAGAAGAGGCUCUUCUCCAAGAAAAUCAGCGCCAGCCAGGCCAGCGAAGAGCUUUCAGCGCUCGGACGUCGCUUGAAUAACCAGACGGCAUACCCGUAUGCUGCCUUCUGUAGUCAGGCAGUUGCACGUUGUGAGAGAGAGGCUGGAAAUGAGCAGCGCGAAGUUGAGGCAAUGACUGACGCAGCACGACGGUAUAUGAAGUCUGUUAAAGAAAAUAGACGACUAGGAAUGCUUAGUCUACAAGAGGAUUGCGUGUCUUCAAUUCAAUGUUAUAGGAGUGCUAUAUCGUUGUACAUUGCUCAAGGACAACAGAUCCUAGCAGGGUCACUGGCCGUUGAAGUUGCCGAUGUUGUUUGUUGUGACCUGGAAAAUUUCCAGCAGGCAGUGCCAUUUUACAGACAAGCUGUCGAGUUGCUCGGACAGAAUUCUUCUCAAUUACUCUGUGCGAUGAGAAAGCUGGCUUCAUGUUAUAUAAAGUCAAACGAUCUUGAAAGUGCACUCAAUUGUUUCACUGACAUAAUGGAUGUCGUCGUGAAACGAAACAAACUAUCUGGUGGAUCUUCUGAUGAAGCCAAAGUUGUCGAAUUGUGUAGUUCAUUUGUUGACACAAUGAGAUGGUCCGAAGUAUCAGUCAUCUUCUUGGUUCUCACUCUGAGACCAUUGGGUUACAGCGAAUCGAAGUCCAAGUACGCACAAGUGUUUGACAAGUAUCGAAACUGGGAUCCUUUGAAUCCCGUAUUGCCAGUCAACUACAUUACCGACGACUUGUUUAUGUACCUGAAUGCUGUCAUCUUGACUGCUGAAGCAAAAGACGUUUUAGCACUCAGAGAACUUCAGAAAGAGCUUGUUCCUCAAUUGCCGGUUGAACAAAAUCAUCUCUUGCUAGUACUUCUAAAAUCGAUUUCUCAAUAAUUUAUGGUGAUAGCACAGCUUGUACUGAUAUUUGACUUUAUGUGCGAAUGCCACUGGCACAUACAUUUGUAUGUCAACGACAUGAGUAGUUGCAAUGGUAUAUUGGAAAUUCUCACCUACGAGUAUCAGCAAGCUAUCUGUUUAGGAAAUG